UUGUAGCCCGACUGGAUCCCACGUGGAAUGGUGUAAACAGUUGAUAGCUGCAACCAUUUCRAGUCAGAUUUCAGGGUCUGUCCCAUCAGAGGGUGUGUCCAGAGACUACAGGGAGAUUCAGGAUGGACACAAUGGCUAUCAUUCUGAAGCAGAACCUGAUCAGGCACUGCGGGAUGGAAACAAACUGGCACAGAUGGAAGAGGCUCCACUUUUUCCUGGAGAAUCAAUCAAAGUUAUYGCUAAGGAUGUCAUGUAUAUCUGUCCAUUUAUGGGAGCAGUCAGUGGUACGCUAACAGUGACGGACUUCAGAAUGUUUAUCAAAAGUGUUGAGAGGGAUCCACCUUUUGUUGUUGAUGUUCCCCUUGGAGUUAUAAGUAGGGUUGAAAAAAUUGGAGUACAGAGCCAUGGAGACAAUUCAUGUGGUAUAGAAAUAGUUUGCAAGGAUAUGAGAAAUUUGCGGCUGGCCUAUAAACAGGAAGAGCAGAACAGAUUGGAGAUCUUUGAAAACCUUGUAACACGUGCAUUUCCUGUUUCUAAUGGGCUGCCUCUUUUUGCAUUCAGCUAUAAGGAAAAGUUCUCUGUUAAUGGCUGGAAAGUGUAUGAUCCAAUGGCAGAAUAUAAGAGGCAGGGUUUGCCCAAUGAGAGUUGGAAAAUAUCCAAAAUUAACAACACCUAUGAGCUUUGUGAUACAUAUCCUGCUGUUCUUGUUGUGCCAACCAGUGUAAAGGAUGAUGACCUCUCCAAAGUGGCAGCAUUUAGAGCAAAAGGGAGAGUUCCUGUGUUAUCCUGGAUUCAUCCUGAGAGCCAAGCAACAAUAACACGAUGCAGCCAGCCAUCAGUUGGCCCAAAUGAUAAGCGUUGCAAAGAAGAUGAAAAGUAUUUGCAGACAAUAAUGGAUGCCAAUGCUCAGUCACAUAAACUUAUCAUCUUUGAUGCUAGGCAGAAUAGUGUGGCAGAUACAAACAAGGCAAAAGGUGGAGGAUACGAAAGUGAAAGUGCCUACCCAAAUGCAGAGCUGGUCUUCCUGGAGAUUCAUAAUAUACAUGUCAUGAGAGAAUCCCUGCGUAAACUUAAAGAAAUCGUUUAUCCUACUAUUGAUGAGACUCGGUGGUUGUCAAACGUGGACUCCACACACUGGCUGGAAUAUAUAAGAAUGCUUCUUGCCGGAGCAGUAAGAAUUGCGGAUAAAAUUGAAUCUGGUAAAACUUCUGUAGUGGUGCACUGCAGUGAUGGCUGGGAUCGAACUGCUCAGCUCACUGCACUGGCCAUGCUUAUGCUGGACAGCUAUUACAGAACCAUCAAAGGCUUUGAAGUUCUUGUAGAGAAAGAAUGGAUAAGUUUUGGACAUCGAUUUGCAAUGCGAGUGGGACAUGGAGAUGAUGAUCAUGCAGAUGCUGACAGAUCCCCYAUUUUCCUUCAGUUCAUUGACUGUGUUUGGCAAAUGACAAAGCAGUUUCCUGCAGCCUUUGAAUUCAACGAGUUAUUUUUGAUCACCAUUCUGGAUCACCUUUACAGUUGUCUCUUUGGGACUUUCUUAUGCAACUGUGAAAAAGAAAGAUUAAAAGAGGAGGUGAGCACAAAGACUGUAUCUCUGUGGUCCUAUAUUAACAGCCAAUUAGAGGAGUUCACAAAUCCCUUCUAUGUAAAUUAUGAGAACCAUGUGCUGUAUCCUGUUGCCAGUCUGAACCAUUUGGAGCUGUGGGUGAAUUACUACGUCAGGUGGAACCCGAGGAUGCGGCCUCAGGUUCCAAUCCACCAAAAUCUCAAAGAGCUCYUGGCCAUCCGGACAGAGCUGCAGAAGAAGGUGGAGGAUUUGCAGCGGGAGGCUGCCACGCGUUCCAUUUCCUCCUCCUCUGACAGAGGCUCCUCUCCUUCCCAUUCUGCCACGCCAGUGCACACCUCUGUGUGAUGUGUAACAAAAGCCAUGUGAAAAAAUCCGUGUCAGGUAAAAACAGAGGAGGUGAAAUGCUUUUCCCAUCACAAAAGGAUUGUGAGUGACUUGUAAUUGCUAUKAUCUACAUGCCUUACUCUGUGUCUGAUAUUAUCACAAUGAGGCCAAAAAGAGCUUCAAUAGAUGUGAUGUAUUUUCUUGUUGGCAGUUCCCACACGUGUUUUGACACUCUAGCUAAAGCACCAAUUGUGAAAUUAAACUUUGUUUUGAGCAACUAACAAUUUAACCAUCCUAAAAAGGAAUCCAUCUGCCAAGCAGACAGAAGAAUGCCUCUCACAUUGUCUAGAGUAUCAUGCCUGGUUGAGAGAAUCAGAUGAAAUGCCACAUGAUGCUUACACAGAACACAAAAUGUUUUUCUGAAUGGGAGCUCCUUAUUUCACUCAGUAAUAUAUAUAUUUUUUUUUGCUAGAGCAAUUUAUUUUUUUUAGAUAAUGCACUUGGAAAUUGAUUUUAAAAUAAAUGUUUUCCAGUGUAGUCAGUUUUACAUUUUGAACUAAAUAUGCCAUUAAAAGUGGAUGAAGUCGAGCUGGAUAUAUCAAGUACACCACACUGACUUGUAUGAUGUAAUAUAUUUGGUAAAGCAUGUAUUUUAGGUUUUUUAAUGCCUUUUGUACAAGUUGAAAUAAAGUCUUUUGACUGUUUAGCUUAUUGUUCAGUUUUAGCCUCCUGAGUGAGGGAUAAACUUGCUCAUGUCAAGGUCUUGUACAAAGUAAAAGUUUGUUUUCUAGCAAAUGGUAAUAUUUGGGGUUGGAAUGACACCCAGCUGUGUAAAUUGUAUAGUCUGUAUAGCUCCACAUUGUGAAGUGUGUGUUGUUUCUAAGUGUACACACGAAAUGCAAAGCUGUGUGCGUUCAUACCCAUGUGUAUGUGAUGUUGAACAUAUGCAUCCUCCCGUGGGUUUAAGCUGUACGACCAGAAAAUGGAUCCUGCCUGUCCAAACCCUUUUGAGGACCUUAACUUGCAAUGACUUUGUUUGACAAAGUUUUUGAAYAAUAUGAUUUUAAUUGGUUUUCUUGAAAUAAAGCCUCUUGGCUUUUUGUUUUUUAAUUUCCUACUAGCAUUUUUUUCUGUAAAUGAAUAAUUUAACUGUGUUUUCAUGUUAAAUAUACAUUCCCACCUUUCUCACAUCUCCCCCCAAAAAUACUCACAUUGGAGAGAUUUGAUUACUAUCACAUUCCUCCUUUUAUCAAAUUAUUCACUGGCAUUCUUGGAAGGCCUAGAAAUGGUGCAUGCUGCAAAUUUUCCCUGGAUUGUUUUACUUGCUGUGUUUCCUGAAAAUCUGGUUCUUCUCCUUAGGAAACUUAAAUAUUGCAGCUCUGCUUUUUGACUCGUGCUUGUAUUACUUGGGGUUCUGCUGGUGGGAAUUAAGGCCCAUUCUUAAGAGCCAAUUGAUUCUGUGUGGUGACUGUGGGUCUUACUGACUGUGAGUAUUCAUUUGUUGCUGCACAUUUGUUGCCGAUACACAACGGCGCUUUUCUGUGUCUCAUUCUGUGCAUUAACUCUUCCAGCACGUAGUUAAUGAGUCAAGUGAGCUGCUGAGCACCUUCCCACCUUCAGCUGCAGAGGCUGAAGUGCUGUUUUCAGUCUUACACCUUUACUGUGCAAUGCAGGGUAUUUCAACAUGUCCUUUUUACUGUAGUGAAUGCUUUUCCAUAAUAAAGAUUCACCUACACAAACACARUUUAGGAAGGCUUGCAAUGUUGCAUCUCUUAAUCAACCCCAGGCUUUUUAUAAAUAGAGGAAAUAGCUUUUCCUGUACAAAUGGUUCUGCUGAACAGUGUGCCAGCAGUGAAUUUUACAUUGCCAAAAUAUGUUGAGCUGGUAUUGCAUUAAACUCUUCCGUACUUCAGAUUUCCUUGACAUUUAAACUGUAUAUUAAAGUAAAGCACAUUAUCUCCAAAAUGCAGUGCUAAAGAAAAUCUUUUGAAGUUUUUCUCUAUGUUUGUGCUAAUAAUCACAACAUUUUCUGUAUAAUUAUUGCAAAAGCGAUGACUGGAUUAGCUUGGGCAGUCUGAGAUUUUAAGGCUUAGAUUUCUAGAGCUAAACUCUGAGAAUUUGGUUUUGCAUAGAAGAACACCAGUUAUUUCAGCUCAGUGCCUGUGUAUCCACCAGUUUCAGCACAGCUCAGCGAGCCUCUGAUGUGCAGGGAGAGCUCUGGGGGAGGGUCCUGCUGUUCCAUGUGUCAGCCCAAUGGAUGGGUUUGUACAUAUUUAGCAUGGAAAUAUUCAAAGGUGUACUGUAGCUCAUAUGUGCUAGUUAAGAGUAUAGCUUUACACUGAAGAGAUGAUUGUUGUUGUAUUCAGUCUGUGUCCUGAUAAUCAGAUUUUUUCCUGUUGAUUUAACAACUGAUUCUAUCMUUAUUUUUUAUUUUUCAGUAAGGCAAUACUGAACUAGUAUAGGGAAGAGCAGGACCCUGUUCUCUGAUGCACCUUGGACAGAGCUAUUAACUUCUGUUCAAAAGCUGGAUCUUCUGCUUUGGUUUUUGGUUUUGACUCAGUAUAAAGGGAAUGUGCAAAGACAGCAGUUGCAUUUGGCUUGUAGGA